AACCUGGUCUGGAUCUGUUUGCUUGGUAACAAACUAUCCAGUGUUGUUUGUGGAGCUAGAAUUUGAUCCACUGCAAGAAAGUAAUUAUUCUAUUUACAUCCUGGGCCAAACAAGUAAUGGCUGAUCUUCCUUUUCCAACUUCUUGCCUCUCUGAGCAAGCUGCAUUCAAGCAAGGGCUUGUAUGCCAGUCACAGGGUUGUGGUGAAAACCUGUGUUUAAAGAAAAAUACCCACUGGCUGCAGUUGUUGGAAAAGUAAUUGGCAGGUAUUGAUAACAAUUGUUUAUAUCAAAAUACAAGAUUUUCCAAGCCAACUCGUGGAGGGAUAAUUUUUUACUGUAAAUAUUUUUGUACUUAAUACCAUAUUAUGGUCAUGAUGAAGAACAUGUUGAGGACUAAGCAGACUACUUAAUGGACAAUAACUAAAAUGGAUGACUUUGCUGAGUAAAAGCCUGAGGGAAGAAAAAUCUGAGAUCUCAUCUUCCAAUUUCCAUUGAGAUUCAUCUCGGCCCUCUAAGGGGGCUUCUUACCACCUUUUGUCACUGACUAAUAACAUGAAAAAUGUGCGGUCUGAAUGAGAGUAAAAGUGAGAUGCUUGCAUUGCUAAAAUAAAGCCUUUAAAACCCACAGUAGGCUCCUAUAGGAUAUGAAGAUCUCUGACUGCUCCUAUGCUACAUAAAAGAUUCCUAAUUUUAAGAAUUUUAUAACAGAGGGCAAACUUGUAACACCUAGGAGGCUGAAUCACAAAAGAUAAGGAUGUUAAAGAGGAAGAUAACACAAAUGCCAGUCAGUCAAACAUGCUUCUUGGGGCAGUUUGAUCUGCUCCAUGGCCGACUUGUUUCUCCAAAGGGAGAUGAGCCUCCCAGCCACAGUCCAGCCCAUCAUUCCCGUUAGGGUUAAGUCUUUUGAAAUGCCAUUCCUGCAAUGUUUGGGUAAGGAUCAAAGACUGGGCAGCUGAGCAGUUAUUAACAUUUCAUCCUACUGUUGUAUUAAGCAACUCAAGUGGCAAACAUCCUUAAUACUCCUGCCUCUUCCGCUUUUCCCCAUAACAGCCCUGCGAGGUGGAGUGGGUUGCGCUGUCAGAGAAAGAAUGGCGCAGAAGUCAUCCAGCCGGCGCUUAUGCCUAAAAUGGGACUGGAACUGACGGUUUCUCGGCCUGCACCUUCAUCCUGAUAGCAAACCGCCUCCCCACUAGUUGUUUCGUGUUGCCAUUUCUAACCCCCAGGCUUGGUAAUGUUCCUCCUCUUGUAUCAAAACAGUUGUGCUUGCUCCAGGCGGACAGGCAAACGAGAUUGCCACCAAGCAGCAAGUGGGGAUGAGGGGUUGGGACAUGGGUCCCUGGGUAAAGGAAGAUGGUCUCUAUUUUUAGGAUUGGAGUUGUGUCUAUAUUGGGCCUAGCAACUGCUCUGCUGGCUUUUCACCAUGGUUUGAAUGGGAGCCAAGGUCACAGGACAGGAGGGCGUUUUAUUCUGGGUUUGGCUUCUUGAGUCAGCCAGCCAGCCAGCCAGCCAGCAUGGAUCCGUCCCCGUGUGCGGCAAUUCAGGCCAGUCUUCAGUGUGAUGCAGUCCUGGAAGUGGGGGGAAAGUGCUUCCCAGUCAACCGGUGGGCCCUGGCCCGCCACAGCAGCUAUUUUGAGGCCAUGUUCUUUGGCGGCACCCGGGAGUGUGUAGAGCGGCACAUUCGGAUCCAGGGGAUUGAGGCGGAGCCCUUCCAGGCACUUCUGGACUUUACCCAGACAGGCAGCCUUGGCAUCACCCCUGGCAAUGUCACCAGCCUUCUGCAGACAGCAGACUUCCUGCAGCUGGAGGCUGCCAAGAGGCGCUGUGAGACCUUUCUGGAAAGGGAACUGCAUGUUUCCAACUGCCUCAGCCUCAGGGCCUACGCACAGCACUUUGCCUGUGCGGCACUCGGCUCUGCUGCCUUCAACGUGGCCCUCAGCCACUGGGCUGAUGUGGUGACCCACGGCGAGGUUGAGGAGCUGCCCAAGGCCACUUUGAUGGAGCUGCUGCAGAGCGACGAGCUCUUUGUGGCUCAUGAGGAUGUGGUCUUCGACACGGUGAUGCAGUGGGUACUGGCCGACCUGCCCGGGCGGGCCAAGGAUUUCCUGGAGCUGGUGGGGCUGAUGCGGGUCCCCUUCCUCAGCCUUCCCUUCCUUGGCCUCCUGGUGAAGCGCAGCCAGCGUCCUGGGCUGGAUGCUCCGGCUCAGCUACUGAAAGAGCUGGACCGCUUCCCACCUCCCAACUGGCAGGACGCUGCCCAGGCCCCCUGCGCAAGCCGGAGCUAUGAGACUCUCUUCGUGAUGGCCGGGAAACGCGACCAAGAGCAGCAGGAGCUCUUCCACUUCCUGCCCAAGACGGGAGCCUGGCAGGCCUGCUCGCCACUCAAGCGCAAAAACCUCACCCAGUAUGCUGUGGCUGCCGUGGGCAACCUGCUCUUCGUCACGGGAGGGAACUUCCGAGAGGAGUUUUUUUGGGCCCCUGUGGACUGGGUGUGGAUCUAUAACAGCUGGGAUGACAGCUGGCUGGAGGGGCCAGCCAUGAAGGAGGCUCGCGACAGCCACUGCGCAGUCGGGGUUGGUUUCCAUUUGUAUGUAAUGGGGGGGAGCACCCCGGAGGGCAUCACCCCCAGCGUUGAGUGCCUCGCCCUGACCGACUCCUCCUGGAAGCCCACCAGUCCCCUGAUCCACCCUGUCGAACGAGCUGGAGCCACCGGUGUGGGGACGCGGAUCUACGUGGUCUGUGGCAUGGAUGAGAAUGGCGAUGUCUGCCAGGCAGUUCAGCGGCUGGACAUAGAGACGGACAUGUGGGAUGUUGUUUCUUUCUCACCACUGCCAAGGUGAGGCUUAGCCGGCUUUCCUGGGGUCUUUUGGGGGAGGAGGGUGGGCUGCAGAGAAUGGAGGACUUAGAGGUUCCCUGGCGUCUUGUAGAAUAGAAUAGAAUAGAAUAGAAUAGAAUUCUUUAUUGGCCAAGUGUGAUUGGACACACAAGGAAUUUGACUUUGGUGCACAUGCUCUCAGUGUACAUAAAAGGAAGAAAAAAGAAAAAAAGAGGAAAAAAUACAUUAAUCAAGAAUCAUAAGAUACAACACUUAGUGAUAGUCAUAGGUUACUAAUAAGCAAUCAAAUCAUACUAGGAAACAGAACAAUAUAAAUCGUAAAAAUACAAGCAACAUGGUUAUAUAAGACAGAGAAGGUAGAUACUAGUAAGGAAGAGAAGAAUAAUAGUAAUACAGUCUUAGUAAAUAGUUUGACAGUGUUGUGGGAAUUAGUUGUUUAGCAGAGUGAUGGCAUUCGGGAAAAAACUGUCCUUGUGUCUAGUUGUUCUGGUGUGCAGUGCCCUAUAAUGUCAUUUUGAGGGCAGAAGUUGAAACAAUUUAUGUCCGGGAUGUGAGGGGUCUGUAGGUAUUUUCUUAGCCCUCUUUUUGACUCAUGCAGUAUACAGAUCCUCAAUGGAAGGCAAGUUGGUAGCAAUUAUUUUUUCUGCAGUUCUAAUUAUCCAUUGAAGUCUGUGUGUCUUACUUGGUUGCAGAGCCAAACCAGACAGUUAUAGAGGUGCAGAUUGCAGACUCAAUAAUUCCUCUGUAGAAUUGAAUCAGCAGCUCUUUGGCCAGUUUGAGCUUUCUGAGUUGGCGCACAAAGAACGUUCUUUCUUGUGCUUUUUUUAUGACAUUUUUGAUAUUAGAUGGCCAAAGAGGAGAGGUCAGGGCAAAAGGGGGGUUUGAGGCCAUUCCUAUCCUUCAUCAGAUGUGCCAUUUUGGGGAAAGAUUCCUUACUCGUGCCAAGUUCAGAUAGAUGAAGCUACUGUUUGAAAGGCCACCCCAAUGGGCGGCCAGAUGUGGAGCACCCCAAUAGGACUGAGCUCUUCAGCUGCUGGCAACUCAGGCCCUGGAGGGAGCUCUUUGUGGGGCAGGGGAGCUCCAUCAGUAGGUCCAACUAGCUCGAGAGAGCAGUGCUCUCCAUCCCACCCUGCCCUGUUUCUCUUCCCUUCAGGUAUGACCUCUGUGUGGCAGCCUUGAACGGGGCCCUCUACACCGUCGGAGGUGGGGCCUUCCGCUUCGAUGUCUGCACCGAUGAGUGGACCCCUAUGGAGGACAACAGCCUGGCUCAGAAGUUCUUUGAAGGAU